AUGGCAGCUCCUGCGGACAACAACAUUCCGCAUGAUAUUCCAGACGACGUCGUUUUCGAAAUCUUGACUCGAACUUCAUUGCGAACUUUAGAUACAUGCAAAUGUGUCGCCAAGACAUGGAAAGAAGACAUCAUUGAAGACUCAAUAUUUCUGCCGACGUAUUGCGAAAGGACCAAAAAUUUAUCGGGAUUCUUUCUCCAAGACAUCCGACCGUUGGAUUACCUCUCCAUGUUCACAUCCAUUGAUCAUUCAUCGCCGUCGGAUCGUAUUUCUUGUCUACCUCGAGACAUGAAAAUAUUGGCGUCGUGCAAUCAGGGCAUUUUAUGCUGCAUAAAAAGAACAUGCAGACAAUAUAGGUAUUACGUCUGUAAGCCGGCCACGGAGCAAUGGCGAUCGUUGCCUAAUCCUAAGCUCCGACAUUGGACUGUCGGAGUUGCGAUAAGGGUUUUCGAGUCGAAUCCUUUAAGGUUCAAGGUUAUUCGAAUUUCAAAGAAAGGUUUUGCAAAAUUUUCAGAAUUAUACGAAUAUUACUGCGAAAUAUUCGACUCAAACACAUGGAGAUGGCGGGAAACCGAAACCCUAUUCUUACCAGAUGAAGAAUUCAUAUUGGAUCGGGUGGCGUCGAUUUUUGUCAAAUGUUCAUAUCAUUGGUUAACGUAUGACAACAACGUUGUGGCCUUUCACGAUCCAACUGAAAGCUUCAGUACAUUUCAUUUACCCGAGCUCAUGUCAAAGGGGUAUCGUAAAUACACUCACAAACAGCUCGUCGACUACCAAGGGAGACUCGGACUGAGUUGCAUGACCGAUGAAAGUACGAUCGAAUUAUGGCUAUUGGAGACGUCGAACGGGAUUGAAAACGAGUGGAAAAAGCACGUGGUCGUGGAUAUUGGACCAGUUCGAGAGAAGGUGAUGUGGCCGAACCCGGCCGGUUUUUAUAACUCGGGAUUUAUAUUAUUGCAAGGGGUUUAUGAAGUAUUUAUUUAUAAAAUUAAAGACGGUAGUUUAGUCAGGGUCAAGUUGAAAAAUGGGCUGAGCAGGGGUGAUGAGAUUUAUUCGUUUAGGUCUGAUUUGGAGAUGGUGAAUUUUUGA